CUCUCGGAAAAGUUCAUUGUGGGCCUUAGAGGGGUGCUUUCUAUGUGUCGUUUAAAUUUGUUAAAAAGAGCAGAGUAAUAAUUAGCAGCGAGAUUAGAAGGUAUUAGCGAAAUAUUACGUAGGCACACCGGCUUAUAACCACAAAACAGAUAACAAGACUUCUUCUCGGCAAAAAAAAAAAAAAAAAAAAAAAAAAAAAAAAAGAAGGAACACUGGGGUGGGAGUUGGAGCUGUGUGUUGCUUUGGCUUUUUUACCCCCAAGUGUGGAGUUGAAGCCGUCUUCUCUGUUGCCUCGCAUAUACUCUGCAUAUCACAAGAUUUGGUCUCUCCUCUCUCUUUCUCUGGAGCUGCUGUAGGACUGGCUAUGGCCACCACUACUUCCGGGAUCCGUCAUUUCAUUCGCCCACCGCUCAGCGCUGCGAACUGACUCUGUUUCUAUAAGCAAGCUAGCAGCCAACCUGCCAACACUCGCUGACACUCACUCAUCUCAGUCUCGCCAGAUAGACGAAAUACCUACGGGGGGAAAGAAAGGAAAGAUCUGAAUCGCAAUCUCUUAAUUUCUACUGCUUUUUUUCUUCUUCUUCUUCUUUUUUUUUUACAGUGAUAAUAAAACAAGAUAGCGAUCUGGAGGCAUUAAAGGAGACGCGGACUUGCGGGAUGAAAACGGACUAAAAAGAUUCGUCCUUCUCUUGAACAUCAUCGCCAACCGUCAUUCAUUCAUUACCUUGACAACCUCUGGCUUUGAUUGACAGCUGGAGUGGCAAAAAGCCAUGAGACACGACAGUUUAGUUACAUGCAGGUUGUUGAUGGGCCGAUUGUAACCUUCACUUGGGCACAUUUUUUUCUUUUUUUUCGAGGAAAGAGGGGAAAACAAGAAAAAUUGCAAAACUCCCUGAUGCUACGAUUUCAACUGAACCACACUGGCGAAUAGGAGAAUUCGCAAAGUUGGUUGAAAAAGGAAUCUUGCCACUAAAUCACUUUCUUAACCGGGACUGGGAUAUUAAAUAUACGACAGAUUCAGGAGUUUAUUGGAGCGCAGCCUGAUGGCGCAAAGGUACGAUGAGCUGGCCCAUUACGGUGGGAUGGACGGAGUUCCGGCGUCGAUGUACGGGGACCCGCACGCUCCCCGGCCGCUUCCCCAGGUCCACCACCUGAACCACGGACCGCCGCUGCACGCCAGCCAGCACUACGGAGCCCACGCUCCACAUCCGAACGUUAUGCCCACCAGCAUGGGCUCCGCUGUCAACGACGUUUUAAAGAGGGAUAAAGAUCAAAUUUAUGGUCACCCUUUAUUCCCACUGCUCGCACUGGUUUUUGAGAAGUGCGAGUUGGCGACGUGUACUCCGAGGGAGCCCGGCGUAGCAGGCGGCGAUGUCUGCUCCUCAGACUCCUUCAAUGAGGACAUUGCAGUCUUUGCCAAACAGGUCCGAGCAGAAAAACCUUUAUUUUCAUCAAAUCCAGAGUUGGACAAUUUGAUGAUACAAGCCAUACAAGUAUUACGGUUUCACCUCUUGGAAUUAGAAAAGGUGCAUGAGCUCUGCGACAAUUUUUGCCACCGGUACAUCAGUUGUUUGAAAGGAAAAAUGCCAAUAGAUCUAGUUAUUGACGAAAGGGAUGGCAGCUCGAAAUCAGAUCACGAAGAGCUCUCGGGAUCGUCGACUAAUCUUGCGGAUCACAACCCAGCUUCCUGGAGAGACCAUGAUGACGCCACCUCCACACACUCAGCCGGCACACCGGGGCCCUCCAGCGGAGGACACGCUUCACAGAGUGGUGACAACAGCAGCGAACAAGGAGAUGGCUUAGACAACAGCGUUGCAUCGCCUGGCACAGGAGAUGACGACGAUCCAGACAAGGAUAAGAAGAGGCAGAAAAAGCGUGGCAUUUUCCCCAAGGUGGCCACGAACAUCAUGAGGGCGUGGUUGUUCCAGCAUCUCACGCACCCAUACCCUUCUGAAGAGCAGAAGAAGCAGCUAGCCCAAGACACAGGCCUCACCAUCUUACAAGUAAACAACUGGUUCAUUAACGCCAGGAGAAGAAUAGUACAGCCCAUGAUUGACCAGUCAAAUCGAGCAGGUUUUCUUCUUGAUCCUUCAGUGAGCCAAGGAGCAGCAUACAGUCCAGAGGGCCAGCCAAUGGGCAGCUUCGUGCUGGACGGUCAGCAACACAUGGGGAUCCGACCAGCUGGGCCUAUGAGUGGAAUGGGAAUGAAUAUGGGCAUGGAUGGGCAAUGGCACUACAUGUAACCUCCAUCAUGUAAAGCAAAACGCAAAGA